AUGCGCAACUUGCGGGUAACGUCAGCGCUUAUAUCGCAAGGAUCGAUAGAUGAAGACGUCGAAGGAUUUGCGGACGAUUUCUUUACUGGAGCUGCGUUUGUGGCGACACGCAGUAAACUUCUGUUUUACAAUAAGGAAUUAGAGCAAUGCGGCUCAUUAGGCUGGGAAGAUGAAAGAAGCGGGAUGAAGUUGGUCGACUUGACGUUUAUGUCAGACACAAAUGAUGUGAUAGCCAUUUUUAACAAUGGGCUGGUUUAUACCGCUUCCGCGGAAACAAUGCAGCCUGUAGACGAGCCUGGUCUAUUGGGAUGCGCGGUCCAGGCGGCGUCCUGGAGCCCUGAUGGCGAUACAUUGGUCGUUGUCUCCGGGGAUAUGAUUUGCUUUUUUGAUCGAUUACUGACCGCUGUUUCUGAACGACCGCUCUACGGAGAAGCCGUCGGUAAAGAUGAGUUGGUGACGGUCGGCUGGGGUAGCAAGGAAACUCAAUUCCAAGGUGCGGCAGGCAAGGUGGCCCGCGAAAAGCGCACGGUCAACCGGAAAGCUCUGCCCGAUGACUCUGGCCGGCCAUCAAUCUCCUGGCGAGCUGAUGCCCAACAUGCCACCAUCUCGUAUUUGGAUGUGCCCACUGAGGAGCGGCGCGUCGCUGUUUAUAGUCGGGAGGGCGAGCUGAUGAGUCGAUUGCGCAAUGAAUUCCCACUGGAGGAAGGGGUGGCUGUGAAGCCUGUUGGGAAUUAUAUCGCCACCACGAAGCGACUGGACGACGGCUCUCGCUAUUUUGCAUUUUUCGAGCGAAACGGUGAACCAAGACAUGAGGCGAAAAUCCACGAAGCCAACGUGACCCGUAGACAUUUCGCGUGGGAAUUUGAGGGCAAUAUACUGGCGGUGGAGGUGGAUGAUGGCGAAAAGUCUUACUUGGAACUGUGGACAGUUAGCAAUUACGAGUGGUCCCAGAAGUUGCGAAUACCAUUUGAGAAAGGAUUGGACGCUUGGCAUUGGUCUGCCGUGACGGCCAGACGGCUUUGGGCGUGCAGCGGAGGACGAGUAUACCGAUAUGACUUGAUUUUCGAAUACAACGUGUCCGGUGGACUUGCAGUCGUGGUGGCCACAGACAAGCUGAAAGUCACCGAUUUCUCGAAGGCUCCUAUCCCACCGCCGAUGAGCCACUUCACCGUUCCAAUACACCGCGGCAUCCAACUGCUCGUUUGCAGUUUCGGAUACAUGAGCGUUGUCUACGACGAUUUUUCGAUCGAAUGCUGGAGCGCGCAAAAUGGCCGCUUCGAAAGCCACUUCUGCACACCUGCUGCUGGAUUGGAAACGAAUCGAGCCGAGGCACUUACGGCUGGGAUUCACUCGGCUGACGGUGCAUUGUACCUCGCCGGACCUUCCAAAAUCGGUUCUCUCGUCCACCGGGUCUAUCCGGAUCAGGGCACGGAAAUAUUGUUGGAGUUCCCGCGAAAUAUCAUCGAGACGUCCAUCAACCCCAGCGACGGGCGCCCUAUCGUAAUGCUGGACGAUGGAUCAGUAAUUUCUCUCGAAAACGAGAAGCUCUACAGUCUCCCGGAAUGCCUGUCUUGCCGCAACGCUAGUUGUGGAGACAAGCUGAUCUCCUUAUCACCGGCCCAUAUCCUCUAUUCGGAUGGGAAGCUGCUGUUCCACGACAUUUCGUCUUUCGUCAUCAGGGACAACCUGUUAAUCUGUGUCACGAUGGAUUCGAAGUUACGGAUAUACGACGGCGCUUCUGGGUAUCGCCAGGUGGAUAAAGAGCGUGCACUCGAGUUGGGUAGCUGUCUGGUCGCUGCGGUCCCCGAGCCCGGCACUUCGUUGGUUUUACAGAUGCCACGCGGGAAUCUCGAGACGAUACAUCCACGAAUUUUUGUGGUCGCUGGUAUUCGGACGCAGCUCACUGACAGACGCUACCUGCAAGCCCUAAAGGCAAUGAAGAAGCAUCGCAUCGAUAUGAACCUUCUCUUUGACCAAAAUCCUCAGAAAUUCUUUGCCGAUGCGCGGUAUCUCAUCGAGACUGUCAACGACCCGGAUCUGCUGAAUUUGUUCGUCGCCGCCCUGAAUGAUGCGCCUUCGGAAUGGAGUGAAAGCCGUUUGGUCUAUCCGAAUAAGGUCCAAGUUGUGUGUGAAGCUCUGAGCGAGGCCUUCAAGCAGCUCCCGGAAGAGAGGCGGAGGUCUUUGCUGACUGUGCUGCUCUCCGUGCUGCUGAAGACAGAUCCUCCAAGUAUCAAGGAAGCGCUACGACAUGUCCGGGAGAAUUCCCUCGCUGUUUCACCAGAAGAUCGUGAGAAGACCACCCGGUACUGGCUGCACCAUGUCGGCUUCUUCGUCGAAUCAAAGGCCCUUUUCUCGGCAGCCCUGUCCACCUAUGAUCUCCCGUUGACUGUUCAGGUGGCCGAGGCUUCAAACGCGGACCCAAAGCAAUUUUUACCAUUGCUCAAUCGCUUGCGAAAAGACUGGGACGGAGCGCUGAAGCACAUCGCCGGACUGGACCAGCAUUUCGAGGAGGCCGUGCAGCUUAUCAAACAAAAAGGCAUCUACGCGUCGGCCAUGCGGACAUUUGUGGCCACUGGCAAAUAUAGGGAAAUCUGCGCUAUAUACGCCGAAUUCUUGGAAACGAAGGCACAAUGGGCUGAGGCGGCUCUAAUUUAUGCGAAUGCCGGGAGAUUGCAGGACCAAACGCGCUGUCUGGAAAAAGCCAGGGAACCGACAGAGUAUUAUCGCGUAGCAAAAUUGGUCGGAAGAUCAGAGGAUGAUAUCAAGACAGUCCUACGGAAGAUGAGCGCAUUGUUGAAGUCGACGGCAAGCUGGGAGAAGCUGGUGGAAUGCCUCGAGCUAACGGAUUCUUCUGUCUCGACCAUUUGUGAAGCGCUUGUCGAGGCAGGGAGAUGGGAAGAAGCCUUGGAUAAAGCCCUUGUUGAUGAGAAAGCCUUCCAGAGCACCCGUGUGAGGCUUUUGGAUCGAGCGGAACUUUUGAGAGGGAAAGCUGACACUCAAAGAGCGGAAGUGGAGAAGCAUGCGGAAAGAUUAAAGAUUGUCAGGACAAUCAAGGAACGAAGAUUGGUCAAUUUGAAGGAAGGACUCGAAACUGGGCGGGACCUGGAGGACAUCGACGCUUUCAGUGAGGCCAGCACUGCCAGCGGCGUGAGCCGACGAUCCGGUAGCAGCAGGGCUUCGACUACGGCAACCGCUCGCAAGCGCAAAACUAUCGAGAAAAAGAAGCGGAAUCUGAAGGAGGGCGGUGAAUGGGAGGAUGCGGCCAUUUUGCUGGCAGCUCACGAAAUAUAUUCAUCCAUGGAAUUGAUGACAAGAGAAGCAUCUCUCAUUCUGAGACCGCUGGUUCGCAUCUCGGCUCUGGAUGAGGCUCUAGCUACACAGACGUCAAUUUCCGAACUGGAAGCCAAGUGCCAAUCGCUGCUUCACGUAUUUUGGCCUCAACGUCUGCACCCCCACCACCUCGUCGGGCCCCUUCAUCAUUUGUACACUAUUGACAACGUGCUCAACAUCCCAGAAGACGGUGGAAUGCCUGCAUCAUUUGUUCUCGAGCCCGAGAUGUGCCCUCCGAAGCUGCCAAUCGGUUCUUGGAAGCUGCCGAUGCUAUCGAAUCCAAAAUUA